UGGACCCUCGCAUGCGACCUCGAAGCUACCCUCGACCCACUGUGCUCGUGAUGGAGACCAUCAGUACCCGUCCACUUCACCCCCAGCAACCGUAACUGCCCAUUAACACCUGAUCUUGGUCACUAUCAAGUCCUCUUCGGCGCUGCACGACUGCCUGAGAUUCCUCAGCCUUCGCCCACUACAAUGUACCAACACCCACGCCCGUCCCCAAGGAUGGCCUCCGCAGCCAACUCCCUACAAACAAAUCCCACACGAACCAACAACCCACGGGAUCGAACUCAGUCCCCUUAUUCAGAUAUAAUACCAUACAGCGAGAGAGGAGGUGACGAAGAAGGCGAAAUGGUCGAUCGCUCAGAUCAGAGAACGGAGGUGGAGCAGAGGAACUACCAGAAGAUAAACCAGAUCAUACAACAAUUUUUCAUCAAGGCCACCCUCACUAUCGUAUCUGCGAGGACCGUGCUUCCACAUGCUUUCAACAAAGCUGGCGAACUGAAGCAGAACAAAUGGUUCAACGUUGUGCUCGAUGAUACCGAUGAGUUUGCCGAAGAUAUAAUGGAAUGGAGGACCAUGGACGCAAUUCAGGAAAAGCCGCCUCCACUGUGCAUAGAAGUGUACCUGGACCUGAAAGAUCUUACAAACAGCCAGACUCUGGUCAUUAUUGAUACGGAUGGGAAGAGAUGGGAUGUUGCCGAGGCGUUGAACCCCCCGGCCGAAUCCACGGCGCGACCUCCGAGUCGUAUGGGCAUGUCUACUCAGGUUGUGCUCGAGCGGUGGAGAGUUGAGAUUGGUGAUAAGAACUCUGUUGCACCGUCUGAACUUAAGGAUGCGCUGCCAAACGUCUACAAAAAGGCAGUCGUGCUAUUUCGAUCGCUGUUUACCUGCGUCCGGUUUACUCAAGCAUGGAAGUACUAUCGCCGUAUGGCGAAACAGCCUGCGAACCACCCCUCGUUGAAGCUAAAGUACCGCAUCUACAAUGACGAGUUCAAAAGCCCCCGCCGAGACACACUGGCCGUACCAUUAUACCCUUCACCGGACGCUGUUUUGGAGAAAGAAGUUUUGCCUGCGUCGAAUUCCCCAAUCGGUCCUCUCUGCAUUUCAACUGUGUGUCGAUCGAACUGUGAUUUCCGAGUAGACGAUUCUGAAUCUUUGCUGAGCUCUCACUUCAUGGGCAUGGACGACCACUACUUCCGGCCCUCACUCGGGCGACAGCAGGAUACUCGACAGCACGAAGCUGGCCUAGUACCUGGAUCUCUUCCUGUUGGCAAACUCCAGUCCCAGGACGUGCCCGACCGUGGCCAAGCAUAUGGAAGUCUGUCGACCUUUCACCAAGUCGGCCCGGCCACCGGAACGAGCCCAAUAUCGGCACUCCGAGCUGCCCGAGAUAUGCCUAUGCAAUCACCAUCAGACUCACCUCCGCAGAAGCUCCCACCUAAUCACCGGACUGCUAUGGGUUCCAAAUCAUCACUGCGUUCAGCUGAGGGGCAGCCUUCUUAUCAAAGGCGGACUUCGGUUUCGUUCCAGCCGUUCAAAGCAGGCUCCCUAUCUUCGUCUCCUGCGCUAGGAAACCAGAUCCCACAAUCACCAUCUGGCUCGCUGGGCAGGACUAGCAGCACCACCAAUCCACUGCUACAAGCACGAAAUAGGACAUCUUUGAACGCCUUACCUCAGGCUGCCCUGAGAGCUCCCUCGCUACCGAAUGAGACUGCGAUUGCAUCAUCUGCUUCGAGCUCACCUAAACCUGCUCCAAUAAGCCGCUAUAGCAGUAGCUUUGGACAUCGGCGGAGCAGAUUCUCUUCUGGUGGGGGAAGUAAGACUGAGGACGAUAACCUGAGCAGCGGCAAAGGGAGUCUCGCGUCCUCGGCUCAACCUGGUUCAGACAUAUUGAACGAAGGCGAAGGAACUAGUUCCGGAUCGAUCAAAACGGAUGAUGAGAAUAUCUCAGAUUUCCUGAAACUUCUCGAGCAGAAAAAGGAUCUGAAGAGUUUCAACCGGAGCGAUAAUGCGUCACGUGAUGCAACAAUGAGACGAACCACCGCUCAACUCACGAGAUACCAACGCAUGCGCGAUUCCAACGCACAACUCUCCGACUCUCUGUCGUCAUCUCUUUUGCUCCACAGAUCCUCAUCAUCCUCUAGCCGCCAGCUGUCUAGUGUCCCUCCCAUGAUCGCCGGUACCUCUGCCUCAACGUCGUCAUCUCCAGGAAAGCCCAUCUCGCCACAUACACCACAUACUCCAGCGAUUCCAUCUCGGCUAAGUGCGAAUAGUAUCAUAGAAUACGAACCCCGUCGGAGCAGGAGCCGCCCGAGACAUUCACCCCAACCUGAGCAGGACACAGCCCAGGCUCGUACAACGCUCCGAUCUGCAAGUCGAAGGGAGCAAGGAACAACAGCGAUUGAUAUUCCGACAUCUCCGAGACCAUGGAACUACCCUCGGAGGUCUAGUUCUGCGGCCCAGAACAGGACCAUUGAUGACGAGCCUGAUCUGUUUGGGCUGCGAAGUGCAAGCUUACCAACGGAAGAGACUGAUCGAGAGAAUCCGGAACUCCAGCGUGAGGCCGUGGAUGUUACCUCCAGUGGGCUCUUCCAGAAUCGUGAGCUGCUCACAGGUGCACUUGACAACGAGCCCGUCGACCAGGAAGUAGACUCCAUAUCGAGUCGUCCGGACUCUCGCGAAGAUGUUGGUCGUCCUUCGUCGGCAUCGGAAGUCCCUACUUCUCGCAAUCGGUUCAGUGUCCGAGGUCGAGGCCUCUCCUCCGCUCAUGGAUCAUCGACCAGUCUCAAUACGCAUAAUUCUCGCUUCAGCUUCAACUCUUCUCGCACAGCUGCUCUAGACGACGACGAGCCUCUGCUGUUCCAGAUGAGUGAGCUGCAUGUCAACCGACGCAGUAUCGAAGAAGGUAGAGGCGGCUCAAGUGCCGGGAGUGGUGACCGAAGGCGUGGUGGCCCGCAAUGGCAAUAAGUGGCACAGCCUCGCCGCCGCGCAUUGUAUACGCAAGAGGUCUGCUGAAUCGAGUUACCGAUUCAAGAUAACACCUGUUGGAGUACCGGAUUUUGACUCUGAUUUUGUUUUGAUUCUUGUGACUGCGUGACCACCAACCCUGGAUCCGAAUGGCAUGGCAACCGACUCUGGCGGUUGGCUCCCGUCUUCGACUACCUUCUGGACCGGACUACUAUUCCAAGGCGACCCUAGAUCGCAUCACGAUCAUGAAGGUUGGCUACAUGAACGCAACAUUGACCACAAACGUAUUCCUCCUUCAUUUCAUCACAUACCAGUAUAUUAAAAACAACUUAUUUCCUCGUUC